UUUCACUCUCUCAAUACUUCGGACGCCUCACCAGCCGCUCAAUGCCCUCUGUCCUUCGAUCCUUGAUCCCCACCGUUCGAUCCAGUACCACCGCUGCUCUCCGUCAGACCGCCCGACUCGCCCCUACCUUUACCGUCGCUCAGCAACAACAACAACGCAGGAUGGCUUCUUCUUCCGUUCCCGUCCCCACGGACUUUAACAAGUACCUCUACACCACCCUCGCCGAGGCCGACCCCGAGGUCGCCAAGAUCGUCGAGGAUGAGACUUGGAGGCAGUUUUCCGGACUCGAGUUGAUCGCUUCCGAGAACUUGACCUCGUUGGCCGUUAUGGAGGCCAACGGAUCGAUGCUCACCAACAAGUACUCGGAAGGUCUCCCCGGUGCCCGAUACUACGGAGGAAACGAGCACAUCGACAUCCUCGAGAACUUGUGCCGAGAGCGUGCCCUCAAGGCCUUCAACCUCGAUCCCAAGCUCUGGGGUGUCAAUGUCCAGCCCUACUCUGGAUCCACCGCCAACUUUGCCGCUUUCACCGCCCUGAUCAACCCUCAGGACAGGAUCAUGGGUCUCGGUCUGCCCGACGGUGGUCACUUGACUCACGGUUACUACACCGCCAAGAAGAAGAUCACCGCGUCUUCGAUCUACUUCCAGUCGUUCCCUUACCGUGUCGACCCCAAGACCGGUCUGAUCGACUACGAGCAGUUGCAAGUCAACGCCGGAUUGUACAAGCCCAGACUCGUCAUCUGUGGAGCUUCGGCUUACCCCCGAGACUGGGACUAUGCCAGGCUCAGGAAGAUUGCCGAUGCCAACGGUUCCUACUUGAUGAGCGACAUGGCUCACAUCUCUGGUCUCGUCGCUGCGGGCGAGAACAGCUCGCCGUUCGACUUCUGUGACGUCGUCACCACGACGACGCACAAGACCCUGCGUGGACCCAGGGCCGGUUUGAUCUUUUUCCGAAAGGACAAGGAGGCCGACAUCGAGCAGAGGGUCAACCAGGCCGUCUUCCCCGCUUGUCAGGGAGGUCCUCACAACAACACCAUCGCUGGUAUCGCCGUCGCCUUGAAGCAGGCCGCUGACCCCGCUUUCAAGACGUACGCCAAGCAGGUCGUCACCAACGCCCGGGCCAUCGCCAAGGUCCUCUCGAGCCACGACUACAAGCUCCAGACCGACGGUACCGACAACCACUUGGUCCUCUGGGACCUCCGACCCCUCGGCCUGACCGGAUCCAAGGUCGAGAAGAUCUGCGACGAGUGCCACAUCACCGUCAACAAGAACGCCGUCUCUGGUGACACUUCGGCCCAGGUUCCCGGUGGUGUCCGAGUCGGUCUGGCCGCAUUGACCAGCCGAUCGAUGACCGAGGAGCACAUGGACAUUGUCGCCGACUUUUUGCACCGAGCCGUCCAGAUCGCACUCCAGGCUCAAAAGGAGGCCGGGACCAAGUUGUUGAAGGACUUUGUCACCGCCUACUCUGGAAACGGAGAGGCUUCGCAACAGUUGGCCGCCCUGAAGAAGGACGUCGUCGAGUUUGCCACCAAGUUCCCUCUGCCCGGUGUGCCCGACACCUCCGCCAUCAAGCGACCCGCCGGAUACUAAGCGGAACGCUUUACGCCCUCCUUCCCCGUACCUUUUCUUUCUCUCCCCCUUCAACGAGGCUUCAAGUGCUGAACCUUUGAACCGAACUUGUCGGUUCACCCAUCUAUCCCACCCCCUCCCCUUACACAAAAAAUGUACCAUCACGACCACCUCCCCCUCGCUGUUGAUACGCAAAAUCGAAUAGGCACGUUAUAGUCGUCGCCAGGCUUGUUGUUACGAUUUCAACACGAUCGCUCUUCUUGUUC